AAAUUCAGAACUAAGGAGAAUGUAGAAGAUGGACCUGCAGCUUAAAGGAACAGCAUCUCUGGUGUUCAGCUGAAGCUCCUCCACGAUGGAGUCUCAUCUCUCCACAUCUGGAGGAGAACCCCCUGUCCCACAACUACAGACAUCCACAGCAGAACCUUCAGAACCAGGCAGUGUGUCUGUGCAGAGCAACAUGUCAAUGUCAAAUCCUUAUAACUUCAGUAAAGAAGAAGAUCCUUCAGAGUCUAGCUGUGUGUCUAUAAAGAGUAACAAGUCACUGGUCAAUCCUUAUGACUUCAGUAAAAAAGAAGAUCCUCCAGAGUCUAGCUGUGUGUCUAUGAAGAGUAACAAGUCACUGGUCAAUCCUUAUGACUUCAGUAAAGAAGAAGAUCCUCCAGAGUCUAGCUGUGUGUCUAUGAAGAGGAACAAGUCACUGGUCAAUCCUUAUGACUUCAGUAAAGAAGAAGAUCCUCCAGAGUCUAGCUGUGUGUCUAUGAAGAGUAACAAGUCACUGGUCAAUCCUUAUGACUUCAGUAAAGAAGAAGAUCCUCCAGAGUCUAGCUGUGUGUCUAUGAAGAGUAACAAGUCACUGGUCAAUCCUUAUGACUUCAGUAAAGAAGAAGAUCCUCCAGAGUCUAGCUGUGUGUCUAUGAAGAGUAACAAGUCACUGGUCAAUCCUUGUAACUUCAGAAAUAAAGAGCCCAGCUGUGUGUUUGUGAAGAGCGACAACGCAGUUUUUGAACCUCCUGACUUGAGUACUGGAGAACCUGGUAUUAAUCCAAGGGGGAGGAGUGGUCUGAUCCAGGAUCAGUACAGUUGUGGAGUGUGUGAGCAGCUUCUGACAGAUCCAGUCUCGAUCACCUGUGAACACAGUUUCUGCAGACGGUGUAUCAACAGCUUCUGGAACAGAACUGCUCUGUCAGGAGACUUUAUCUGUCCCUGUUGCAGAAAGAGAUCUAGAACACGUCCUGCUCUACAUCCACACAUAGAGGAGUCUAUAAAUCAGGAUUCCUACCAACCAGUGGAUGAUGUUCUGCAGAGAAUAUUACAGAAACACAAAACCAGCAUGAAGAACAAAUACGAGAGCUUAUAUGAAGUAAUCAAAACACCACAGAAUAGAACCCUCCUGAACAGGAUUUACACUCAGCUCUACAUCAUAGAGGGAGAGAGUGAAGGAGUGAAUGAAGAACAUGAGGUUCUACAGAUGGAGAGAAAAAAAGGAGAUACUUACAGAACACUCCAAUUAACUGCUCAGAUAUUUUUAAACCUGUAGAAGAUCCUGAAGAAAAAACUAAGGACAAGAACAUUAGAGCUGCAAUGGAUAGUGGCCUCAGAAAAAGCAAAAGUAUAGAAGAUAAAGAGAUCCGAACUGUUCUGACUAAAGGAAUUGCUGGAAUUGGGAAAACUGUCUCUGUGCAGAAGUUCAUUCUGGACUGGGCUGAAGGAAAGGCCAAUCAUGACGUAGAUUUCAUGUUUGUGCUUCGGUUCCGAGAGCUGAACCUGAUUAUCAGUUGAUCAGUACAGUCUUCAUACACUUCUGUGUGCCUUCCACCCUGAUCUCAAAGAUCUGGACCCUAAGAUCUAUGAUACAUGCAGAGUUGUGUUCAUCUUUGAUGGACUGGAUGAAAGUAGAAUUCCACUGAACUUUGAGGAGUGUGAGAAAGUAUCUGACAUAACCAUGACAUCAUCAUUUGCUGUGUUGAUUACAAACCUUCUCAAAGGAGAGCUGCUGCCCUCUGCUCACGUCUGGAUAACCUCCCGCCCAGCAGCAGCCAAUCAGAUUCCUUCUUGGUACAUCAGCCGUGUGACAGAAAUUCAGGGGUUUAAUGAGCCACAGAAGGAGGAGUACUUCAGGAAGAGGAUCAGUGACCAAGACCAAGCCCAGAAAAUCAUCUCCCACAUUAAGGCAGCGAGGAGCCUCCACAUCAUGUGCCACAUCCCCGUCUUCUGCUGGAUCUCAGCCACUAUGCUUCAGCGAAUCCCGAGACAGAGUGAUACAGAAAUCCCUAAAACUCAUAAAAAUGCUUAUAGUAAUCCAGAGGAAUUGCUGGAAUCCAACAGAACUGUGCUUCUGAAACUGGCUAAACUGGCUUUUAAUCAGCUCAUGAAGGGGAACGUGAUGUUCUAUGAAGAGGACCUGAGAGAGAGCGGUAUUGAUCUCACAGAGGCCUCAGUGUAUUCUGGGAUCUGCACUGAGAUCUUUAGGGAGGAAUGUGUGCUUUAUCAGAGGAAGGUCUACAGCUUUGUUCAUCUGAGCUUUCAGGAGUUUCUGGCUGCUCUCUAUGUGUUUCACUGCUACUUGAUCAAGAAAAUGAAGGAGCUGGAAGUUUUUAAUCCUUGGUUCAGUAGAUGGACUGAAAAAGAUCCACUGGAUAAGCUCCUGUGUGUAGCAUUGGACAAAACCUUAAAGAGCCAGAAUGGACACCUGG